AUGGAAGCAGCUGUAACGCCGAUUCCUCCCAACCUGCCUAAUGGCCCUGCCGCGUUUCCAGCUGCUGCAUGCUUGAUUUAUGAACAGCUUCGCGGUGGUUGUAGUUGUAAAUUUGUAUAACUGCUACCAUUUCUUGCUUCGAGAUGAACAACAUGAUCAACAGCUGAAUUUUUCAUAUCCCAAUUUUUAUAUCAAUAUUUAUUUCUCACAAUCAACUCACAACAGACUUGUUUAGUUAAAUAUUCAUAGUACCUACUUCUUCUUACAUAUGAUCCUGUGCUUGGGGUUGUUUGUACCUUCUUCCCCGGACCCCUUUAGGAGGCGUCUGCCCGGGGUGGAAGGCCUCAAAACAAGGGGGGCCAAGUGGGCGGCUUCGCUCCCUUCCAGGUGCUUGGCUCUCCCUAGAGGCCUCCAACGUAAGUAGGUGGCAGGCCUCUGAAGGCGGCAAAAGCCGAGGGGCUGGACCCCCUGAGCCGUGCAGCUUGUUCCCUCCGGGCCCUUGGUCAUUGGCUCGCUUGCGACCGUGGCCGCCCUCGGCGGCCUUUUACCCCGGGGACCUCCCGCCUGCGAGGGUCAGCAAAGGCCAGGAGGUCCCGGGGGAACCGGCUGACAGGCUCAAGGGGAGACCCGCGCCAAGUUUGGACGCCUUCCCCCACUAGAUUCCGCGCCGAAAUGCGCGCGGAAAAGCGCGCGCGCCACCACAGACCAGACUGACCACAGGGGGGGGGUACCGUCCAGCCCUCCAUCAUAUAUAAACAUAUUUUUGAAUAUCAAUAUUUAUUGUAGAUUUGAUUUCAAUUUAUUUCUAACUUUUCCGCAUUACUGCAAGAGGGCAGAUGGGUGAUGGAAUCUAUGGCAUUUCAUGGAGGAGCAAAUUUGACAUAUCGCGCAAGAUGCAGUGGAUCACCAGCAGUAUGAAACAACCCAAACCGGAGAAUGCAGGUUAUGGCUAGUUUUUUACGAUGAUGCUCGUUAGAUAAUUGACUCGAAACUCUACUACGAUGAUGCUCUCGUUAGCAUGAUUAUUAACUCUACUACGACGGUGUCCUCUGGGAAACUACUACGAUGAUGCUCGUUAGAUUAUUAACUCUACUACGACGGUGUCCCGUCGGAAACUACUACGAUGAUGCUCGUUAGAUUAUUAACUCUACUACGACGGUGUUCUCUCGGAAACUACUACGAUGAUGCUCGUUAGAUAUAGAUUAUUAACUCUACUACGAUAAAACUCAAACUCUACUACGACGGUGUCCUCUCGGAUCUUCAGCUUGACCUCGGCUUUCUGAAGUUUUAAUUAAUCGGAUCCUGAGUGGAUGCUAGAUUGAUUUUUAAUAUAUCGGUGUACUCUAAGAGCUAGAGCUAGAGGCUCAUCUCCUAUGGAGGUAGUACGUUUAUACAACUUCUAUGGAGUGGCUUCAUAGUACAUAGAUGCGCAAUGCUAUACAAGAGGCCCCAUGACAUGACACACGACUAAGGAGGAACUAAGGAUGGCAAACGAGGGAAACUCACUCAACUAGGGAUAGUGAAAAACUAGCGCUAACACGAAGAGGCAGCCGCAGCCCGUCUACUAUAUGACGACUGGCGCGAAUGCAAAGCCCCUUGGAUCGAAAACCCGCAGGAAGGAACGAACACAGGUGUGCCUGAUGACGUGCAUAAGUUUAUGGCUGUAUGUGUGCUAAGCCCUGCUCUUUGUCAAGAGCAUCCGUGUCUUUUUCUUCUUCGUCAUGAUCUGAAGAAAGAGAAGAAGAGUAAGAAGUAGAGGAAGAAUCAACAGAAGGAGCUGCAAUUCAAAUUGAAAUAAAAUUCUUUCUCGUCCUUGAUGUUGUAAACAAAAGCAAAACUUGUACUCCUCUGCACAGAUGCAAUCAGUUUCUUUCUUUUAAGUAAAAUAAGUUUCUUGAAUUCUAAGGCCAAUGAGAUUGUUCUUCAUACAACAAACAUGCCUAGUAUUGUUCGUUCUUCAUACUUACAAGAACAUGCCUAGUAUUGUUCUUCUAAGAAGUGCGGGCCCCAAAGCCCUCCGCGUUACGACACGUUCAAGGAAGGACAAGAAGCGAAGUCGCAAAAUAGUCAAGCGGACGGCGAACAUUUCAUCGAUAAUCAGAAAAACGCCAGGACCACCUACCUGGUGUAUCGGGAUAAGCAAUCAAAAGGGGUGUUGCAGCCAGUGAUCACCGGAGCACCGAGGCAUAGCGAUUUUCCAUACUUAAGACCCUGCUCCUUAAGUAUGAUAGACAUAGCCUCUAUAUUGGAGAAAAUUCAACGAAGGACUGCAAAAAUCCGGACAAAAUUCAAUCCUACCGGGCAUGAUACGAAUCCGCAGAACACUCGCCGCCUACUGCGCUCGCUUCGGGAAAACCUUCCCCCAAUUGCGAGCCAAGAACCCCGGGCGCCCUCCAAAUCCCCGCGCCCCUCCAGAAUCCCCAGGCACACACCUGCAGGCUGGUGCGGUGGACUCUGGAGGGGCGCGGGGAAUCACAUGAAACGAAACCAAAAGACAGAAAAACCAAGAGGAAGCAAGUUGCAAAAGCCGCUAAGCGGAGCACUUCCAGGACGAGGAGGCGACAAUAGUGACCGUUUUUGUGCAGUUCUUAGCUGACUUAGCGCCAUUCUAAUCAGCCACCUGCGGAAGCACCAGAGGCACAGCGAGCACGCCACACCGUCGAAACCUAACAAAAAGAGGAGGCGCGAGCCCUUUGGAACUCAAGCGGCAACCGGUCCAGCCCUUCUUGAGAAAUGCCACGAAAUUGACUAAACCUCUCUACUGUUUGCCGCUUUCCUGACUGCAAGGCCAUUUUUGGAAAAAAAUCUGAAGACAUCUUUUCAGUUUUUUCAUCAAAAAUGGCCUAGCGAUCAGGAAAGCGGCAAACAGUAGAGAGGUUUAUUCAAUUCCGGCGAAACCCCCGCAAACUUCCCCGCUGAAAUACUUCAAAAGAGUGCGAACAACGCCAGCAAACCCCCCCGACAAUCUGCGCACACACGGCGGCGCGCGUGAGUGGUCUGGCCAGCAUUUAAAGGCGGCAGCGCGUCGCUCCUCUUUGUAACUAAUCCCACCCAGCGCGAGAGCCUCGGGGCGCCGGGUGGUCAAAAGUCCAACACUGAACAAGACCAAAAGGCCCAAGAACGAAGAACCUCAGGCGGAUUGCCUCAAACCUCUCCGAUUAUAGCGAAAAACCUGACCACAGACAAGUGGAGUCUGAAUGGAGAAAAUUCAACGAAGGACUGCAAAAAUCCGGACAAAAUUCAAUCCUACCGGGCAUGAUACGAAUCCGCAGAACACUCGCCGCCUACUGCGCUCGCUUCGGGAAAACCUUCCCCCAAUUGCGAGCCAAGAACCCCGGGCGCCCUCCAAAUCCCCGCGCCCCUCCAGAAUCCCCAGGCACACACCUGCAGGCUGGUGCGGUGGACUCUGGAGGGGCGCGGGGAAUCACAUGAAACGAAACCAAAAGACAGAAAAACCAAGAGGAAGCAAGUUGCAAAAGCCGCUAAGCGGAGCACUUCCAGGACGAGGAGGCGACAAUAAUGACCGUUUUUGUGCAGUUCUUAGUUGACUUAACGCCAUUAUAAAAGUCCUCGAGUGGUCAGCAUGAUCUUCAUCGAUAUAUUCAGAUUAAAAAGUCGGCAAUAGAAGUUACAGUAUCAUGGGACGUGAGAAGUGAGGUGGGGAGAAUCCUGAUGAUCCUGUAACUACUGACGACUUUAUAACAUAUCUAUAACAAGGGACGCAAGAAGAGCCCCCUUUAGCUCCGUGCAGCUCCAUGCGAUCCAUCAUUCCUAGGAAGUAGCUUCUCCAUCAUUGCCUGUAUUUCCUGGCUCUUCUCUCUCGCUUACCAGUAGUUGCAGGAUCAUCUUCAGGAUUCUCCCCACCUGAUCACGACUCCUCACUGUCUCUUUAUAGUGCAUUGCCUCCCCAAACUGAAUCCCUCCCCAAACCCCAAACUCUAACCCACCAGAUCCGCGACCGAAAGAAAAAUCCUUGGCAAAACGUGGCACCGAACCCUGGUUCUUUGUUGCAGGUCAUGAACAUCGCGUGGGCACCAGAACAUGAAAAAAACAAACAGUGGUUUAUCAAAUUUUAUGCUCAACAACAUGAAAAAAAGCUACAAUUUGAACUUCAUCUCCACUUUGUCUCUGUCCAUCUAAGUACUACCUAGAAGAACGUCUGCUCCAACCUCUAAGGGCGGGGUAGUGUAGAUGGAAAUGGUAGGGUUAAUAGUAGUCUCUUCUAACCUUCCUACGUGAUUCCUUCUGCCGUGUUUCUGUUGUUCUUGUGCUGCUGUUAUAUUUGCUGCUGUUGCUACUGCUGCUGCAAGAAGAAGAAGCAACCACCUCAGCAGCAACAGCUCAUCGUUCAGAAAGCUGCGCAGCCAUCGAUGGAUGUCAGCAUGAUUAUGGAACUUUUUCUAGGAAGUACUUAGUAGAAGCCUAUCUAUACAUCAACAAUAAAUCCAUAGCUCCAGAAGUAGGAUUGCAUGCAAAUACAACAACAGACUCUUCCUGCUCGUCUAACAAACUGGGCUACAAAGGCUGGGACAAGGGUUGGGGUAAGGGCGAUUGGGGUAAGGGCGAUUGGGGUUGGGACAGCGGAUAUGGGAAAGGUGGUCCACCGCCACCACAGCAACCGCAGCAACCGGUGCCGCAGCAAUCGGUGCCGCAGCAACCGAUAAUCAUCAACAACAACAACAAUAACAACAAUAAUAACACUUUAUGGAGGCAUUCAAAUUGGCAUCAUUAGGUCCUUAAAGAACUCAAUCUUGAUCAUUGUGCUCCUUAUCGUCCAUUACUGGAUUACAGUAACGGAUAAGUAGGAAAAAGUACUGGAUGGCAAUCGUCGUCAGUGGACUCUUGAUGUUGAUGUCCUCUUUUCGACGGGAAGUGCUGGUCUAGAAUUUAUCGGAGGUCAUACUCUAACGUUAGUGACAGCUGCGCCAGCGGCGCCGGCAGUGGUAAAGGAGAAAAAGAAAAAAAAUUAUGGAACAAUUACAAAUACAUGGACUGUUUGUCAGACUGAUGAAUUCCAGAUACAAUGUUGCUGCUUGUCUCUCUUGUUGCAUUUCUUAUUUUUAUUGGAGUAGAGCCCUUGUAAUUAUUACAAGUUGGAGAAUUGAAUCAAGGCUCCAGAUGUAAAAAGAAAAACUACUUCUUCGAUCUUCCUUGCAUGCAGCUAGUACAAAACCUACAAUUCUUCUCUAACUGGAGCCAGUAAAAACGGUUCAGACGAUUAACAUCCAGCUGCCUCCUGGCAUGACGCAGCUACCUCCGGGCACAGAUGUAGGGGCCGCUGCAGCUCCAGCUGCUGUUAUGAAGAAAAUUUGUGAGAUUUUUUCAAUAUCUUUUGUUCUUAGAAAGAAGAUCCUUAAAAAAACAAGGUUGUAAGUUAGCGGAUAGAAAUCGUCUGGGAAAUCUUCGGCAGACUGCCGAUUAGAUUCGCCACCCUCUUUAGUAUUUGAACGGUGAUAGUUGGGGUUCGUUGUCUAAAACUCUCGCUUAUGGCUAGUUCUUGUUAAGUUGUAACUUUUCACAACAGACGUAACCGUGCCGCUUCUCCACUCCACUCUUUGCGUGAGACCCAUCGUGUGUAUCAUCUAUGACGCCCUUGUGGCAGUCUGCACUGAACUUUGUGCGAGAUAAAUUGUAAUUGUAUUGUAUUAAUAGCUAGUACACAAGAGGUGCCUGAGCCUGUGCCAUGACAUGACAACAUAGUCUCAUCCCCCAAGAUAGAUGAAUACCACAAGAUAGAUUUCUUAACUUUCAAGAUACUCUUACUCGGUCUCUUCCCCCAAGAUAGAUUUCUUAACUUUCAAGAUGAAUAAGUAUAAGUACCACAAGAACUAGUACCCUUUCUCUAAUCUCCCGAGGCGAACCGUGUCCGCUCCCAAAGGAAAAGCGGCGAAGAAAGCGACUCCGAAGACAAGGGCGACCAGUGUGAAAACCACGAAAAAGACCGUGACUACUGAAAAACGAGUCACGAAAAAAGUAGGCUAGAGGCUUCAUUGAAGUUAAAUCAACGAAAUAGAGGGUGAGGUGGUUCGUUUUAAAGAGGAGGAAAAAGGGUUAGGGUGAGUAGUACUAUUAUUAUUAAAAGAUGAGCUUAGAAGAAAGAAGUCUAGUAGAGGUCAGGCGGUUUUAAGGAGAAACAGGGUAAGUAUUACAAGAGGUUAGAUGAAAGAGGUCUUAGCUAGGCUUUGGGGAGGUGGGACACUAGGGUCUCAACGAAAUAAGGGGUGAGUAGAGCAGGUUCUUGGGUCUGUUUGGGGUCGUGUGAGGAUAGUGGAUAGAGACCAGGAGAACAAUAAUUCAAUACGAUAUUGCAGUUUGUGACCGUUGCUGUUGUGUCCGCAAGACUGACCAUUUUAACAAGAAAUAAGUGACAAUCUACAAAAAAAUCCAGAUUUCCACAUUUCCACUAUCAAGUAAAAAACCUAACGGACGCAAGACGUUGUGAAACAGAAAAGCUAUGAUGUAAAGAUGCAACUACCAGCUAGAGUUACAACAAGUUUGGAACAUGACAGAGCCUUGUUCUCCUCGACCUCAAUAUUAUGGUUUACAAUCAAUAAUGAAUCAACAAGAAUAAGUGAAACUGUUUGUCGUGAUACUUUUUUUCAUUUUUCUCCUACCUAGUAUGUAUUAACUUCAUUAUGCGCUGGCGUCGUUCAGAAUUUAAUUUGAGCAGAAAAGUCUAAAUGUGUGGUCUGUGGCAUAAAAUGUCUCUUGUAGAAGUUAUAACAAGAAUUAGAACAUAUCGUCCAUCAUAGAUUAAUGUACAGUAAACCAGUCCUGCCUACUUGUUAUACCCGCUUCUACGAUGAAUGAUGCCUUCAUCCAGAAGUGGUUACCCCUACUAACAACUCACAACUGGCAUCAAAUGAAUAACUCAACAUCGAGGAUGCACAGUAAAGAGAUCCUUCUCUGCAAACCAACGAACAAAGACAAGAAACAACAUGUGAGCCUCCUGACGUUUAUAAUUCCCAAUUUCUCGAAAAGACCUCGAAAAAGCAUUAACUUGUGCAUGAGUACCUUUCACAGGAUAAGAAAGUGCUCAACUUCUACAUGUGAAAGAGUGAUUUGGAAAUUUUGGAAAGCAAGGUGAAGCUCACAACUACGCGAUGGAAG